AUCAAACAGCGUUUUUAACGAACAGUCACAUAAUCGUAACAGCAGUCGUACCGUACAGACUUGCGCAUAUCUUGGUUUUUGACAUGUUUUAAGAACGAUCGUCAUGGACUCCGGCAAAAGAAGCUCGCUUAAUGCGUUCGUUUCAUGUUAAACUUCAAUUCCCAUCAUGCCAAAUGGAGGCUCACAACGACAGCGCUACUUGAACAUACAAAGCAGCAGGUAAACAAGACUGAACGAGCUGCUGUAGUGAUGCAUAGUAACAGCGAUAUCAAAUCGUUGUGGAUUUCAUAACUAUGUAAAGAAGAUUAUUAUCUAUUUUGAGCACACCAUUUAGAAUAAGGUUGUUCGGCGCUGUUUAAUGUAUUGGAAACGCUUCCACUGUGCUCCAUGUUUUGAAAACUGAGUACUUACAAACUGGAAAUAUAUAAAUGUGACGCUGUUAUUUUACUGUAUUUCUGCAAUGGUGCUCUUCAGUCGCGCGGUACGUCUGCGCGCACGCGAAUGGGACAUUUUUGGGAACAGCUGAGAGCUUUGUAACUGCGCUUUUAACACUUUGUAGUGUUUAUCGAAAUGGGACCCAUCCUGCAGGAGCAAAUUGCAUCUGCGACACUGAAGAGGGUGCCUGGCAAGGAGAAGGUUAGAGUGAAAAAGGCAGAAAAUACUGGGAUUGUUGCCAGCAAUAAUAAUAAGAGAGUCGGACACGUGAACCUGAAUAAGAAACCUCUUAAGAAAACAGUGACCUUGCAUCCAGGCCAAGAAAAGGAUCCCCAGCCCACAGCUGACAAUGGCAAAAAUGGAAUCAAACCAAAGAAAGCGAAGAGUCCGACUGCUGGAACUUGCAAGCUGCGUGGCACACAGGGCCAAGCUGACUUGAGGCCUCCACAUCCCAAACUCUCAUGUCCAGAGCAUGGCCAGGACAGGCCAAAGAUUCAGCUUCUGUCUCAGAGUUGUACUGAGAUGGUACAGAGCAAUGCAGCCUUGGAAAAGAGCCGACGAGCUCUAUCACUGCCAUUGGCUCCUCAGCCAGUGCUGCAUCAGAUCUCCCUGCCAAAACAAGUUCCUGACCUGGAGUCAUUCCACCUUCUGGAACACAAGGAGGAUGAUACAGACAGUGCCAGUGACCUGUCUGACUCCGAGAGGCUCCCUGUGCUGCCUUCCCCCUGCACUCCUCCUCAGCUCAACCUCCGAGCAGAGGUGAUCAACUCAAUGGACCUGCAUCCCUACUUUCCUGGACCCAUGAUGGUGGAAAAUGAAGAUGUCAGCUACAGCUACCCAGACUUCCUUCCACCCCCAUUCAAUACGUGGAGUCUGAGGCAGCUCGCUAUCUUCUUAAAUACCGAGGGUAAAAGGGCUCCCAGGCCUAAACCUGUAGGCCAGCUUGAAAAGUAUUUAGAGCGCCUCCUACAGUUAGAGUGGCACCAGAUACAAACUAUCCAGGUUGAAAGCGGGCGGCACACUACACCCAUCAUCCGAGGUCACGCCCCCAGUGCCACAGCAAACAGCAACCACACUAGGCCUCACACUGCUCCCCCGACACGCCUCAGCUCCCCCAAAAGCCUUCUUCAGGGUCAGCGGGCCUUCCCUCUUUCCCCAUUCUCCUCCAUGAGCAGUCCAUCUUCCACUCAACUUUCUCGCCCUGUCUGCACUCACUGCCAUUUUCGCUACCCACUCUGCAAUGGCAGCUGCUCUUCAUACGCCUACCAGCGCCACUCCCGUCUCAGCCCCUUGCUAGAGCGCAAAGCCCCACCAGCAUACACCCAAAAGAGGAGCAGCAGCGAAAGCCGGGUCUCCACCUCAGAUAACCGCCCCAUAUCCCUAAAAACCCAACACCCAGUGAGUCCUCAGGGAGCAAGAGUUGACCAGAGGCAUAUGCAGGCAGCAGGAAAUGUGCGUAGAGCCUCACAAGAACUUAAUGCAAACAAUAAAUCCCAUGCUUUAGUCAGGAAAGGAAAGAUUGGGAGGUCAAAUGAGGUAGAGAGACUGAAAGGUCCACCUGUGGGAAUUAAAUAUGGGGGUGCUGAUAGGCGGGUUCCUGCUGCAAUUAAGCGCGAUGGUGGUGGUCUGGGGAAAAGAGGGGAUAAAGAUGGGCAGAAAGACGAAAAAGGUGAGGUACGAUUAAGAUCGGGCGCUAAAAGAACUGUCACUGAUAGCUGUGAUGCUAAAGCUACCAAGACUACUGGCAAAUUUAAAAACGCUCAGUACGCCAAGUAGUUAGUGCUUUGUAACUUUAACGCUUCUUUAGUUUAAAGGUGCUGUAAGUGAUUUUUUUUUAAUUAAAUGACAUGAAGACAACAUCCUUAUUACCUACCUGUCAGAUAUAAUUAAAAUAGGUGCCAUGAAAUAUCAGAUCCAUCUCUGUAAACAGCUGCAAAUAAGGAUGUCCAUGGUGCUUAGUCACAUUGUUUGUUCAGCCAAUCUAAAGACUUUCUGCCUGUGAAGCAUGGCAAAUUCAACAUCUAAAGUCAUGGGGAUACAUUCAGUUUGACAUAAACACUCAUAAUCUGCAUACAGUCGAAUGGAAGCCUGUUAAUAUAUACUCCAUAUAACUGUGCGCACAUACACAGGCGGUUGGCUCAUGCGUGCUACAACUGCUAUGGGACACCGGACUUUCUCUUCAGGACUUUAGACCCAUAAAGAUGUCUUUAUAUUCCUUCAGGCUUGAGUUAUAAAUAUGUAGGUAUCUCCAGACCUCCUCACACAUGCUCUCUUGGCUUGCACAUCCACUGUUGUUGUUUUUACCUUCAUCUCCUGAUGUUUAGAAUGACAUAUUCUUAAUCUAGCACUUCUUCGUGAUAGCAACGGCUCAAAAUGUAAUUGUUGCCUGUAUUGCCAUCCUGUAUUUGGACGCUCAGCGUUCAUGUCUGAGCGAAGCAUACUUUGGGUUUAAGUCUGGUGGAAGUUUCAGAAUGGCUAAAAUCACUUACAGCACCUAAAUUGCCUCAAGAUCAUAUACUCAAUGCUAAAAAUAGGUUCUUCACUUUAGAAAUGGUCAUUGUCUUUUUUUCGAAGUGCAUUUUUUCAAUAAGAUAUACAGUGGCCCCAAAAAGUACUUGGACACUUAUGCCAUAUUUUAAAUGUACUACUGUCAUCACAUUAAAUAACAAGAUAUCAAACCAAAUUUGGCAUUUAUUUUAAAGAUCAGUAGCUCAAGAACACUUUUAAAACAAAACAUUUCACACACAAAAAGUUAGUUUUUAAAAACACUGAAUAUACUAUUAUUAAUUAUUACCCUAUACUUAACCCUAACCCUAAGACUCAAGUAUUUGUAGGACACCUGUGUAAACAUGAGGGGAACUGACUUCAUAUAUCCUCUAAAAAUCAUCUUGAGACUGUAAUGAUGGCAGACUGGAGACGUGGAGAUGUGGGAUCUUUAAUAAAAGCACUCAUAUAAAACAAGAGAUACAGGAAACCAACAUAAACCACCACUACAGUCUAAAAAGGAGCGAACGACAAAGAUAGAGAGAACAUGAGGGCAGUAUAUUUAAACAAGAAACUAACAAGGUUGGAGACACAUCAGGGGAACAAUCAGGGAGGGAUACCAGGAACAGAGAUAAGACAAGAACUGCUAAACUAAUAUUUCAAAAUAAAAGUAAAACUUUACUGGCUUUUAGGGAAGACCAGUUGGUUAAAAUGAAUUAAAGAAACAGCUGGAAAUGUAAAGUUAGUUUUGAGAAAAGGUCUAGUAUAAUUUCUUUCUAGAUGCCACUUAGUUUGAUAUUUUGUUAUCUAAUGCAAUUAAAUUAAUACAUUUGUACUAUGACUUAAAUGUCCAAAUAUAUUUUGGGGCCACAGUAUUUAUUUUGUCUUAAGUACAUUCAAGCAGGUUAUCUUUUAUCAAGGUACGCACAAAUCGUCUAUAAAAGUAAGCUUAAUAUGUAUUUGAAUCCAGUCUGCAUGAACAUAUCUCUGAUUUGAUGGAGGUAUGAAUGUCAGGUUUUGACUAGUAAGCACUAGGUCAAAGAAUGUAUAUUUUUCAGAUGAAUAAUGAAUGUUUUGUAAUGGCUACGUGUAUUUUUGUAAUGUGCUAUUUACAUGGACUUAUUUUCUUGUUAUUUAUGAAAUUAUUUAUUAUCUAUUUAUUACAAUGGUUUGUCCUUAUUAAGUUAGAUUAUGUUUAAAUAAGAAUAUAAUGCUUUGUGUAAUAUAUUAUUUAUCUUUUAACAUUUUUGAACGUUUAAUGUCUGUCAUGAGUUGGAUGUGGUGGAAUUGUAAUGUUUGGAUUGCUUAAGGUCACAUUACAUUAUUUUUUGUGAUGCAGUUUGAAUUGGAGAUGGACCUGAACUAUAAACUUUAUAAGGUAUUUUUGUCAAGAUUGAUGUUGGUAUACUUAUUUUCAGAGAAGCUUUUAAGUACUUACAUUGACCAUCAUGUCUCUAAAUAUACGUAGCAUGUUUCUUUGCUUUUACAACAAUGAUGGUAUUAGUUUUGUAGUUUUAUACAUAAUACAUAGAAUAUGACAGAAAGUUGGAUGGUACUACAUUUCCAUUUGAUGUUUGUAGCAUCAUUCCAUUUUGGAUUUUGUGUACUGCAAAGUUCCUUUAUUAGGGAAAAAUCAUGAAAAAAAUGUUUCAUCUUUAUCUGAUUAUGCUUUAAUUUAGCGGGGAAGUUUUUUUUUUUUGGUUGUUUGGUUGUUGAAUUCUGCUAUUUUUAUGAGAUACAAAAUAAACAGUUUUCAUUACAUUAUCAGAGGCUCCUGCUACUGUUAUUUACUUUUUUGUCAUAAUUCUUUUUUCAUUAAACUGGUAUCUCGUUGUAAAACGAUGAGUAAAUACAAGAAAAGAUAACGUAACAAAGUAGUUCCUGCCACAUAUAGGUUACUGUGUAUUUAAAUUCUGAUAUUUACCCUCAUCUGAAUCCUCAUGCUGUGUGUUAUAGCUAAUGAGGGGUUUUGUGUGAUUCUCAUACAACACAUUGUCACAUUGCUUUAAUGUCAUUUUCAUGUUGUCAUGUUCUCUUCUGCCCUAGGAAAGGCUUUAGAAGCUGUUGAAGUUGUUUCUGUCUGUCAUUCACACAGCCUGCGUAAAUAAACAAACAACAUUUUUACUUAUAAAAGAAGAUAAAUGUAAAUGCUGCAACAAUCUAUAUUAUGCACAGAUCUGUUUAUGAUUAUAGUUUUUAUUGAAAUGGUUGCUAUCCAAAUGUGCCAAAUAGCACUGUUCUUUGCUUUGUACCACAA